CACUCCCGUUUCUGGGGGGGCACAGUAUAUAAUCCCUCGCUGCCAAAAUCCUGGUUCGACCAGCUCACGGAGACCACAUUGAGGGUGCGCAGUGAGGUGUUUUAUAUUACUGUAAUUGUUUAUGCUUUAGAAGACAGACCAAUUCCGAAACAAAAUGCGUGAGUGCAUCUCCGUCCACGUCGGCCAGGCAGGUGUCCAGAUGGGCAAUGCCUGCUGGGAGUUGUAUUGUUUGGAGCAUGGCAUCCAACCGGAUGGACAGAUGCCCAGUGACAAGACGUCCAGAGGAGGAGACGAUUCCUUUACCACCUUCUUCAGUGACACGGGGGCCGGCAAAUAUGUCCCCCGGGCCAUCUUUGUGGACCUGGAGCCCACUGUCAUCGACGAGGUGCGCACAGGUACCUACCGCCAGCUGUUCCACCCAGAGCAGCUCAUCUCUGGCAAGGAGGACGCCGCCAACAACUACGCCCGUGGGCACUACACCAUCGGCAAGGAGAUCAUCGAUUCAGUUCUGGACCGGAUCCGCAAACUGGCAGACCAGUGCACCGGGCUCCAGGGGUUCCUGGUGUUCCACAGCUUCGGUGGGGGCACUGGCUCAGGGUUCACCUCCCUGCUGAUGGAGCGUCUCUCUGUCGACUACGGCAAAAAGUCCAAGCUGGAGUUUGCGGUCUACCCAGCUCCCCAGGUGUCCACAGCUGUGGUGGAGCCCUACAACUCCAUCCUGACCACCCACACCACCCUGGAGCACUCCGACUGCGCUUUCAUGGUGGACAAUGAGGCCAUCUAUGACAUCUGCCGUAGAAACCUCGAUAUUGAGCGUCCCUCUUACACCAACCUCAACAGGCUCAUCAGCCAGAUUGUGUCUUCCAUCACUGCCUCCCUGCGCUUUGAUGGGGCCCUGAAUGUGGACCUGACAGAGUUCCAGACCAACUUGGUGCCCUAUCCCCGUAUCCACUUCCCCCUGGCAACCUACGCCCCAGUCAUCUCUGCAGAGAGGGCCUACCAUGAGCAGCUGUCUGUGGCUGAAAUCACCAACUCCUGCUUUGAGCCAGCCAACCAGAUGGUGAAAUGUGACCCUCGUCACGGCAAGUACAUGGCCUGCUGCCUGCUGUAUCGCGGUGACGUGGUGCCAAAAGAUGUCAACUCCGCCAUCGCCACAAUCAAGACCAAGCGCAGCAUCCAGUUUGUGGACUGGUGUCCCACAGGCUUCAAGGUGGGCAUCAACUACCAGCCCCCCACUGUGGUGCCUGGAGGAGACCUGGCCAAGGUGCAGAGGGCCGUGUGCAUGCUGAGCAACACCACCGCCAUCGCCGAGGCCUGGGCCCGUCUCGACCACAAGUUUGACCUGAUGUACGCCAAGCGUGCCUUUGUCCACUGGUAUGUGGGAGAGGGCAUGGAGGAGGGAGAGUUCUCUGAAGCUCGAGAAGACAUGGCAGCCCUGGAGAAGGACUAUGAAGAGGUGGGGAUCGACUCAUAUGAGGAAGAUGAAGAGGGAGAAGAGUACUAGGAGGAGAACGGCAGGGGAAGCCGGAGCAAGAGAAGGCUUGCUGGGUCUUCCAAAAGCCACAUCAAAAUGGCCUAGAUGCAAGUGAUCAAGUGGAAAAUUAACGGCCAUAAUCUAUGGCACUUUUUUUGACCGCUGUGUCUUUUUCUUUGCAUUCCCAGAGCUCUCGUGCUGUACACAAAUUGUCAUUUCCAAGUCUACGUUGAAAACCUUGGAUACCAAAUCCAAGGUUCUUUGCUCAAUAAAGAAAAUUCCAACCA